AUGCUGACCUUCGUUGGGGUGAUGAAGGAUGGGUUGGCUAAGGUUAUUGGCCAUGUCUUGGAGAGUCUGGAAUUCAUUUAUGGAGUGAAGAAGUUUCGUAAAGCAUAUGUAGCUGCAGGUAAUGCGUUAAAGGUGGAAGAAGCGAAUAAAUUGAUUGAUGGUGGCUCUGAUUUGGUGGUGAAUGAUGGUCUGGACCAUGAAACGAUUGUGGAGGAGGCCCUCAAUGCUUUUUCUUCUCUUGAUUACAUUUCUGCUUUGGGCCUGAAGGGACUGGAUAUGGGGAAGCUUAUACAUAAGGCGGAGUUGCGCGGUGGAGCUAGCUCAUCUUGA